AUGCAAUUGCAAAUCGUCCAAACUGAAAUACCUGAAGAGACACCUACAAAUCAACGGGAGAGGAGGAAACAUGAAAAGAAGAAUACUUGGAGAGAAAAAUCUAUUCUUGAACGUGUGGAAAUCGAUUGCUUGCUGACGAAAGGUGACUCCAAAGAAAAUACGGGGAAAUGUCAAAGUAGAAAAAGAUUCAAAGCAAACCCCAAUUUUAGUAAUCACUACAAAACUGGAAAGAGCUUCAGCAGUAAUAAACUUACUCCCCAUAAAAUGACCCAGGCAAGGGAGAAGCCCAACAAAAGUUUGGACUGUGGAAAAGGCUUUCGGUGGAGAGGUAAUCUAACUUCCCAUAAAAGAAUACAGUCAGGGGGAAAGCCCUAUAAGUGCACGGUCUGUGGGAAAAGAUUCAGUUCAAGCAGUUCCUUUACUUCUCAUAAAGGAAUCCACACCAGAGAAAAACCCUAUGAAUGCCUAGAGUCUGCAAAGAGCUUCAGGAACAAGGAGUGUCUCAAAUCCCACAAAAGGAUGCAUACAGGCAGAAAACCUUAUAACUGUGUGGACUGUGGUAAAAGGUUCAGUGUGAAGAGUUCCUUUACUUCCCAUAGAAGGAUCCAUACAGGAGAGAAACCCUAUAAAUGCCUACAGUGUGGGAAGAGCUUCAGCACUAGUAGUUACCUAAUAUGCCAUAGAAGGAUCCAUUCAGGGGAAAAACCCUAUAAAUGCAUAGAUUGUGGAAAAACCUUCAGGAGAAACGGGUCUUUUACUAGGCAUAAAUUGAUCCAUACGGGAGAGAAACCCUUUAAAUGCAUGGAGUGUGGGAAGAGCUUUAGGCAAAGUGGUGUCCUUGCUUCCCAUACAAGGAUCCAUACAGGAGAGAAACCCUAUAAAUGCCUUGUGUGUGGAAAGACCUUCCGUGAAAAGAGUUCUCUUACUUGUCAUAGACGGGUCCACACAGGAGAAAAACCCUUUAAAUGCAUAGAAUGUGGGAAGGGCUUCAGGCAAAGUUCUUCCCUUGCUUCCCAUAAACGGGUCCACACAGGAGAAAAACCCUUUAAAUGCCUGGAGUGUGGAAAGAGUUACAAAAACAGCAGUUACCUGAACCUCCAUAAACGGAUCCACACGGGAGAGAAAUCCUAUAAAUGCAUGGAGUGUGGAAAGAGCUUCGCUAUAAAGACUUCUCUUACUUCUCAUGAAAUGAUCCACACUGGAGAGAAACCUUACAAAUGCAUGAAGUGUAGAAAGAGGUUCAGGACCAGAAAUUGUCUGAAAUCCCACAAAAGGAUUCAUACAGGGGAAAAACCUUAUAAAUGUGUGGACUGUGAUAAAAGGUUCAGUGUGAAGAGUUCCUUUACUUCCCACAGCAGGAUCCAUACGGGAGAAAAACCCUAUAAAUGCAUAGAGUGUGGGAAGAGCUUUAGUCAAAGUAGUGGCCUUGCUUCCCAUAAAAGGAUUCAUACGGGAGAGAAACCCUAUAAGUGUAUUGAGUGUGGAGAGAGCUACAGAACUAGUAAUCAACUGACCUCCCACAAAAGGAUCCAUUCAGGCCAAAAACCUUAUAAAUGCACGAAAUGUGGAAAACCCUUCAGGACACACAGUUCACUUGCUUCCCAUAAACGGAUCCAUACAGGAGAGAAACCCUAUAAAUGCCUGGAAUGUGGGAAGAGCUUCAGUGUAAAGAGUUCUCUUACUUCUCAUUUACGGGUCCACACAGGAGAAAAACCCUAUAAAUGCAUAGACUGUGGGAAGGGCUUCACGCAAAGCUCUAAACCCCAUAAAUGCAUAGAGUGCGGGAAGAGCUUUAGGCAAAGUGGUGGCCUUUCUUCCCAUAAAAGGAUCCAUAUGGGAGAGAAACCCUAUAAGUGUAUUGAAUUGUGGAAAGAAUUCAGUGUAAAGAGUUCUCUUACUUCUCAUAAACGGUUACACACAGGAGAAAACCCCUAUAAAUGCACGGAGUGUGAAAAGAGCUUCAAAACCAGCAGUCACCUGACCUACCAUAAAAGAAUCCAUACGGGAGAGAAACCAUAUACGUGCCUGGAAUGUGGAAAGAGCUUCCCUAUAAAAACAUCUCUGACUUCUCAUGAAAGGACCCACACAGGAGAGAAACUGUAUAAAUGCCUUGAAUGUGGAAAGAGCUUCAGUGAGAACCGUGCACUUACUUCCCAUAAUAGGACCCACAUGGGAAAUUGUAUGUAUCCAAUGAAUAUCCACACAGGAGAGAAAUAUUUGCAAUGCGGAAGAAUUUUUGGUGAAAACAGGAUGCUUCUCAAAAAAGAAUCCACAGAAGGCGGAAAAUUAUCCAAUGGAAACUCCCAGCAGGCGGCGCUCUCUGGGCUGCAGACUGAAUGUAUGCCACAGCGCAUGCUCGACUCCGUCUGCGUGGUCGGGAGAUUGCCGCCUACGGGAAGGAUCUCCGGAGAGCCAGCGGAGACCAGUUGCCGGACGGUGCCAGUGGCUGAGAGGUUCCUGGGUCGUGUGUCCUUUGAGGAGGUGGCCGUCCAUUUCAGUGGCGAAGAGUGGUCGCUGCUGGAUCCCAGCAAGAAAGCCCUACAUCGAGAAGUCAUGUUGGAAAUUUCAGGGAUCGUGGCCUCUUUAGAUGCCCAGUAA